GACAAAAGAGAUUGCAUAAUAAUAAUAAUGAUAAGAAUAUUACUUGAAUGGGAGAUGAGAUUGCUUUAAAAAAUAAAAUUCUUCAUAUAAUAGUGAAAACUAGAGACUAAAAAUAAUGAAUGGCAAAGCCUAACAAUUGCGCGGUGAGAAUCCUGGCGUAUAGAUUCCUGAGGCAUGGCUAAGGGAGGGUUUCAGUCUGCCGGUCUCACUUCAUCAUGCAGCUGCUUCCUCUGCCCACUGGCCGCCUGCAGUCAGGCUGUGGGUGCCUUGCAUGAAGUGUGCUCUUCCCCCACAGUCACUGGGGAACGCCUGCUUCAGAGGAGACCGGCCGCUACCGGACGCUGGACACUUGGGAGGACAUUGUGUGCUAGGUGACACUAGCCGCUUUGGAGGAGACUGCAUUCUAGCUGCUUCUGAAGAGAAUGCAUGCUAGCUGAGGCUAGCUGCUUCGGAUGAGACCGUGCGCUGCCUGACACUAGCCACCUUUGGAGGAAACUGCACACUAGCCAACGUUAGCUGCUCCUGAAGAGACUGCAUGCUAGCCGAGGCUAGCUGCUCCUGAAGAGACUGCAUGCUAGCCGAGGCUAGCUGCUUUGGAGGAGACCGUGCGCCACGUGACACCUUGCAGAAGGCUGCAUGCUCGCAUACACUAUACGACAAGACACAAUAUGGCUUGGCCUUCCAGUUUGGAAGAAAUGAGUAAACCAUGCCGAAACUGAUGAAAAAAUGUCAGUCUCUGGCUGCUAGCGUGUUUUGCUUUUCUUUUGUCGAGUUUGGAGGAAUGAGCUUGUUCAUUAUGAGGAGGAUGCCACGUUUCUCUGGGGUUGCGCACAUCAAGACUUCUGGUCAGUUCAGAAUGCUCUGAGCAUCGUGGCUUUUCAGUGGUUCAGUCGGGUGUGACAACGUGGGAAGAAAAGAACAGAUAUGGCUACUAUAUCUGAUCAGUUUAUGUUGGUCCGUUGCUGGUGCGUCAUAUAGAAAAGCAGGGAUGGAGGUUGUGGUGUCCUUCGGAGCACAGGACAACGUUCUGCUGGCCAACAGCUCCGAGCAGGGGGCCAACCGAUGGAAGCACCCGGGGGAAGAUUCCGAUCGCAGCUCCAGUCCUUAUGUCCUUCGCUCUGUUGCUACCACCUGGAAGGAGGGCCUUCUGAACAGGAAGCGGCCAUUCGUGGGCAGGUGCUGUCACUCAUGCACGCCUCAGAGUCAGGAAAGGCUCUUCAACCCUAGCAUCCCCUCCCUUGGCCUGCGUAACGUGAUUUACAUUAAUGAAACGCACACCAGGCAUCGGGGCUGGCUGGCUAGGCGGCUGAGCUAUGUGCUGUUUGUCCUGGAACGUGAUGUACGAAAGGACAUGUUUGCCAGGAAUGUGGUGGAGAAUGUUCUCAACAACAGCAGGGUGGAGAGCGCCACCACGAUGGUUGCUUCAGGAGACAACCCGGUUGCCAUGGAGUCGGGGGCGGAACAAAAGGCUGUCGGCAAAGUGCGGCAAAAGGCCAGAGGGAUCCUGCAGGAAAUGGUGGCCAAUAUAUCCCCUGCGUUCAUCAGGUUGACCGGAUGGGUGCUGCUGAAACUUUUUAAUGGUUUCUUCUGUAGCAUCCAGAUCCACAAAGGUCAGCUAGAGAUGGUGAAGAAGGCAGCCAUAGAGCACAAUGCCCCCCUGGUCUUCCUGCCCGUGCACAAAUCCCACAUAGACUACCUGCUCAUCACAUUCAUCCUCUUCUGCCACAACAUCAAAGCGCCACACAUCGCUGCCGGCAACAACCUCAACAUCCCCAUCUUCAGCACAUUGAUAAGGAAACUCGGGGGCUUCUUCAUACGUCGUAAGCUGGACGACCCUGCUGAUGGCAAGAAGGAUGUGCUGUACAGAUCUCUGAUACAUGCGUACACAGAGGAGCUGCUCCGGCAGCAGCAGUUCCUGGAGGUGUACCUGGAGGGGACGCGGUCUCGGAGCGGGAAGCCCUCCCCGGCGCGGGCCGGCAUGCUGUCCUUCGUGGUGGACUCGCUCUGCAGCAGCACCAUCCCCGACGUCCUCAUCGUCCCCAUCGGCAUCUCCUACGACCGCAUCAUCGAGGGGAACUACAACAGCGAGCAGCUGGGCAAGCCCAAAAAGAAUGAGAGCCUGUGGGGCGUGGCCUGCGGAGUGUUCCGGAUGCUUCGGAAGAACUAUGGGUGUGUCCGGGUUGACUUCACCCAGCCUUUCUCCCUCAAGGAGUACCUGGACACACAGCGAUGUCGGCAGCUCCCAGCUCCCCUCUCUCUGGAGAAUAUCCUGGUUCCCACCAUCAUCGCCGCACAGCCUGACCAAGCUCUCUUCAACGGUGAGGAAGAGGAGCAUGGGUCCAGAGACCUGUCGGACGAGCACUGGAGAAGGCUGGUCAUCAACAACCUGGCCAAGCACGUGCUCUUCACCGCGAACAAGUCCUCGGCCGUCAUGUCUACACACAUCGUGGCCUGCCUCCUCCUGUACAGGCACAGACAGGGCGUGGUGCUGUCGAAGCUGGUGGAGGACUUCUUCAACAUGAAGGAGGAAAUCCUGUCCCGGGACUUUGACCUCGGCUUCUCGGGAAACUCGGAGGACGUGGUCAUGCACGCGCUGCAGCUCCUGGGCAACUGCGUCAACGUGACGAGCGCCAACCGCAACACCGAGUUCAUCAUCGCGCCCAACGUCACCGUCAACGCCCUGUUCGAGCUCAACUUCUACAGCAACGGCCUGUUCCACGUCUUCAUCGCCGACGCCAUCAUAGCAUGCAGUGUGCUGGCGUUGCUGAGAGAGCCGGCUGGGGAGGCGGAGCAGGGCUCGCUGAGGACCCUGGUCAGUCAGGAGCAGCUCGUCAGAAAGGCAGCGGGGCUCUCCCACUUCCUGUCCAACGAAGUCGCUGUGGCGUUACCCUGUCAGAUGAUAUAUCAGGUGUUCCAUGAUGCAGUGACCCGGCUGAUCCAGUAUGGAGUCCUGUACGUGGCAGAGGAGGACCAGGAGGAGCUCAGCCCCACUGAGGAGCCCUGGCCAAAGAAGUUUGGGGAGCCCCUGUCCUGGCGCAGCGACGAGGAAGACGAAGACAGCGACUUCGGCGAGGAGCAGAGAGACCGCUACCUGAAGGUCAGCGUGUCUGCGGAGCACCAGGAGUUCUUCACGUUCCUGCAGCGGUUGCUGAGCCCGGUCCUGGAGGCGUACAGCGGGGCCGCGAUCUUCGUGCACGGCCUCCACCGCCCCGUGGCCGAGAGCGAGUACACGCAGCAGCUGUUCAGAUACCUGCUGACCCGCACGGAGAAGAAGGUGGCCGUGUUCGGGGAAAGUGCGACACACUACCUCGUGAAGAACACAAUAAGAACCUUCAAGGAACUGGGGGUCCUGAAAGAGAGCCGCGAGAAGAAAGUCACGCUGCUGGAGGUCAGCAGCACCUUCCUACCUCAAGCAAACAGAACAAAGCUCCUUCAGUACAUCCUGGGUUUCAGCCUCUUGUAAAGCGUGACACACACACACACGCACGCGCACACACACGCAAAUAUGCGCACAUGCAAGUACACAAACACACAAAUACUCUGCAAAAAGGGCUUUUGCUGGCUAGUUAAAAAAGGUGCUAUUCUAUGGCAAAGCUUUACCAGGAAGUGCCUUCAUAAAAUGAACUUACGGGAUAAUAGGCUUCUCUUCAGUCUUCCUCCGGAUUAGACAUUUAACACGUGACGUGCAGCUAAUCGCUCAGAGCAGUGCUUGUGCACCACCCGUAAUCCCUGAAUGUACAUUUGAGCGUUUUCGCCAGUGAAAGCCCUAGCUUUUAAUCACUUUUUUUGUUUUAACCAUGAGAAUGGGGUUUUAUUCAUCUCCGCUGUUUGUCCUCGCUCAAUAGGGCACGAAUGUCAUGCUUGGCACCCAGCAGGUUUCCUUCGCUGUGUCAAAAAAGUGAGGUGAGACCGCAGAUACACCUACGGUCGGGAGAUGAUCGUGACGGUUACGAAUGGUGAUAAUGAACGGCGAUUAUCAAGGGCAUUUUAUUCUGUUUGCUUUUGAAGCAUGCGUCUAGGGGAGUAAAACAAAGUGCGUAAGGCUUAAGGAUUUCCAGUAUCGUGGAAACUCCAGGAACUGUAAGGCAGACGCUAAAUUUGAGGUCAUCUCACUCUCUGAGACGCUACAUUGUGUCUUGUGAGAGACUAGUUUUGCUUUCUGAGAAUUAGACUGAGAGUUCUAGAUAUUGUACUUGCCCAAGUGGUAUUAGAUUCAGUUUGUGGCUGGGAUAUUAAUGUGAUGACAUCAGCUGCAGAGCAAAUAUGGUAUUCUCAGUGAUCUGUAGAAUUGUCCAUUGAAGAAAACAUUUGAGUUUGACUGCGCUAUCCCAUUAUUUCUACCCGUCUGUCGAGUGAUGUCAUUAUAGUUAACACCCAAAUAAUGCAUUACAUUCAGUCAACCUUGCCACAGUGUUACAUAAACAAUGUGUGUUGUUUGGGUGUACGUUCUAUCAGUGGUACAGCAGUACAAAAACAAUGUGAGUUUGUUAUAUGGUGGUGCAUUCUGUCAAUGUUGCUACAAUGUUACCUAAACAAUGUGAGUGUGCAGAUCAGAUUUAUAUUCAGUCAGCUUUGCUACAAUGCUAUGUAACCACCCAAACAGUUGUACAAUGCCGUUGGGUGUGACCUGUUAGCAUUUCUCAGCAAGUGCAAAAUGUGUAGGUUUCCAUUGAACAGUCAAUGUUGUGGUUCCUUUGUAUGUUUGAGAAGAGCGUGUUAGCAGCGUUGGGAUUUCUUUUCCAGUUUUAAAUGUGUCAGAGUAGCCUUACUGCGCUUCACUGUUGCAUUAAACAUUCUGUAACUCCUGAAGAUGGAUGGAAUCGCUGAGAAAAGUCUAAACUUAACCCACAGCUUUCGGUCUUUUCAUUUUGCACUGUAUACUACGAGUUAAGUGUAGUACUCUUUGAUUGGUUGAAGUGUGAAAGGGAAGACUACAGGAGAGCUACACCCAUAAGGCGGACUGAAGCAAGUCAUUUGAUAAACUUGGCAUAGCCUCGUGUUGCUUAAGGCGGGCUAAAACUCCCAUGAAUGUGAAGUUUGAAGAUGCACAUUGUCCACAUAAGUACAACUUGUCAUCAGCGCCACACAGUGAGGAGCCAGGUGGUAAAAAUUUAAAAAUAUGGCCCCCGUUUCGUGUACAAAAAAAAAAAAGUUAUGUGUUAUAUUUUGUAACAUUGCUGUUGCAAUUACGUUUCAGUUAUCACCACAACCGUGUAAGCUAUGGUAAACCUAGGUUACCCUCAGCUAACCCUAACUUGAAAAUAGGUAGUAAAUCAUUAGAAUAAUUGGAUUGGAUGAAGUGUACAUUUGAAUGUCGUAGAUGUGCCUGUGUAGUCAUUAGUGAUCUGUGAAAAUACUGUUUUUUUCCCCCUUACAUCUAUUUCACUAAAUUAUGUCAGUAAAGGUUUGAGGCAACAUGGAAACUUGCAGUUUCAAUAACGAUAAUUGUUAUGCAUAAUAAUGAUAAUAAUGAAAAUUAUUACACAUAAUAUGUUUAACCACAUGUUGACUCUCGGUUGCAAAAAGAGAUGUGAAAAUAGAUUUCCCCCCCCCCCCCCGUUUCCCAGCUUGCUUCAGUAGGAAGGCUGUGAUAGGCUUUUGGUUGGUUUAAUGUUUGAUUUUUUUAUUUUAUUUUUUUUUUUUUAAACACAAUAAACUGUAUUAAUACAAUGCCCAUAGGAUCCUGCAGGAAAAAAAAAUUGUGAUUGAGUGAGGUUUGUCCUAUGACAUAUGCCUGCAUUUAUGUUUAGUACUGUGAAAUCCAUUAAAUAUUCAAAAAGAG